AUGGAAUAUACAGUUUUACAACUUUGGUUAAAAUUCCAAAGAAACAAAGAACAGAACUCUGGUUAUUCAGUUAUCCUCUUUGAUAACAAUGACACAGAUCUCCCAUUAGAAUUGACUAUUGUAGAUAACAAUGACACAGAUCUCCCAUUAGAAUUGACUAUUGUAGAUAACAAUGACACAGAUCUCCCAUUAGAAUUGACUAUUGUAGAUAACAAUGACACAGAUCUCCCAUUAGAAUUGACUAUUGUAGAUUAUAAUGACACAGAUCUCCCAUUAGAAUUGACUAUUGUAGAUAACAAUGACACAGAUCUCCCAUUAGAAUUGACUAUUGUAGAUAACAAUGACACAGAUCUCCCAUUAGAAUCGACUAUUGUAGAUAACAAUGACACAGAUCUCCCAUUAGAAUUGACUAUUGUAGAUAACAAUGACACAGAUCUCCCAUUAGAAUUGACUAUUGUAGAUAACAAUGACACAGAUCUUCCAUUAGAAUUGACUAUUGUAGAUAACAAUGACACAGAUCUCCCAUUAGAAUUGACUAUUGUAGAUAACAAUGACACAGAUCUCCCAUUAGAAUUGACUAUUGUAGACAACUAUGACACAUACAAAUAA